ACUCGUAACGCCCAUCGCUAUUAAAAAGGUGCGCUGAUUGUGAAGGUGAUUCAUUUCCUGCAUUAGUCGGGUGUUUACCUGCUCUAAACCCCAGCCUGGAAAAGACUGUUGUGUGUUCAAGAAGAUUUUUAUCGAGAUAAGGGUUACAACCCACCUGAACAUCUGGAAUGGCUUGUCAGUUGAAUCGAGGAACCAUUAAGGAUAAAGCGGGUUUUAAUCCAGGUGAAGACGCUGCUGCUUUAAGGAAGGCCAUCGAGGGAAUCGGCACCGAUGAGAAGACUCUGAUCAACAUUCUGACUCAGAGAAGCAGCGCUCAGCGUCAGCAGAUCUGUAAAGCGUACAGGGAUGCAACUGGAAAGGCUCUUGUGGACGCUCUGAAGGGAGACACUAAGGGACACUUUGAGGACAUCCUGGUGGCGCUUGUUACCCCCCUGGGGCAGUUCGACAUGCUGGAAAUUAAAAAGGCAAUUAAAGGAGCUGGAACCAAAGAGAACAUUCUGAUCGAGAUCCUCGCAUCCCGAUCCAACCAUCAGAUGAAAGCUCUGUCUGACGCAUACCUACAAGGGACGGGAAAAGCGCUGAUUUCUGAUCUGAAGUCGGAGGUGGGGGGAGAUUUUGAGAAUGUUCUGAUCACCCUGGCUGAGGGCAAAAGGGACGAGAAUGAAAACGUGGACGCUGCUAAAGCCAAAGCUGACGCGAAGGCCCUGUACGAGGCCGGAGAGAAGAAAUUCGGGACGGACGAGAGCAAGUUCAUCGAGAUCCUCUGUCGCAGGAGCGUUCCUCAGCUCCGACAAACUCUGCUGGAAUAUAAGAACCUGAGCAAGAAAACCCUGCAGCAGAGCAUCGAGAGCGAGAUGUCUGGAAAUUUAGAGAAAGUGUUAGUAGCUAUAGUGAAAUGUGUGCAGAGCGUCCCGGGUUACAUGGCAGAGCUUCUCCAUAAGAGUAUGAAGGGGGCAGGCUCUAACGAGGCCAUGCUGACUCGGAUCAUGGUGAGCCGCUCCGAGAUCGAUCUGAUGGACAUCAAGGCUGAGUAUAAAAAACUGUUCGGCCGCUCCUUAUACUCCGAUAUCAAGUCUGACACAUCAGGAGAUUAUGGGAAAACGCUGCUGGGGAUCUGCGGAGCGGACGAUAAGGCCUGAGCUCAAAAUCCACCUCAUCAGCCUGAAAAACACGGAGGAGUCGAGAUGAAGUGAUAAAACCAGAACACGCCGCUGCUUCCUCAAUGUUCACUACAUUCCUUUGAAUUUUUACUCACAAAAAGAUUAAAACUUUUGAUGUUAAUAAUUACAGAUAUUAGAUACUGUAUGAAGUAUGACGUGUGGAUGUAACUGAUGGAUUUAAUCAUUUAUAUUUCUCUACACUCUCUGGUGUGUGUUUGAGCCUUGAGCUGUAUUACACUGGGAAGAUUUUGAGAAAUAAAACUUAUGAACACUAA